UCUUAUUGGUCGCUUGCUCGUCCGCUUCGUGUGUGCGUAAGUCGAGGGUUCCUUCCGCUUCACGUCUCCUUUGAGUGGAGACAGCCGGAUCGCCGGUGCCGGAGUUCUCUGUCCUCUAGUGAGAUCGAGAGGAACCAAAGCCCCUGUAGCUACAAUGCUGUCAAGACUUUUCCGAAUGCAUGGACUCUUUGUGGCUUCCCAUCCUUGGGAAGUCAUAGUGGGGACAGUAACAUUUACCAUCUGUAUGAUGUCCAUGAACAUGUUUACUGGUAAUGAUAAGAUCUGUGGUUGGAAUUAUGAGUGUCAAAAGUUUGAAGAGGAUGUUUUGAGCAGUGACAUUAUAAUUCUGACGAUAACACGAUGCAUAGCAAUCCUGUAUAUUUACUUCCAGUUCCAGAAUUUACGUCAGCUUGGAUCAAAAUAUAUUUUGGGUAUUGCUGGCCUCUUCACAAUUUUCUCAAGUUUCGUAUUUAGUACAGUUGUCAUUCAUUUCUUAGAUAAAGAAUUGACAGGCUUGAAUGAAGCUUUGCCCUUUUUCCUGCUUUUGAUUGACCUUUCCAGAGCUAGUACAUUAGCAAAAUUUGCCCUCAGUUCUAAUUCACAGGAUGAAGUCAGGGAAAAUAUUGCUCGUGGAAUGGCAAUUUUAGGUCCCACAUUUACCCUUGAUGCUCUUGUUGAAUGCCUUGUGAUUGGAGUGGGUACCAUGUCAGGGGUGCGCCAACUUGAAAUUAUGUGCUGUUUUGGCUGCAUGUCAGUUCUUGCCAACUACUUCGUGUUCAUGACUUUCUUUCCAGCUUGUGUGUCCUUGGUAUUAGAGCUUUCUCGGGAAAGCCGUGAGGGUCGUCCAAUAUGGCAGCUCAGCCAUUUUGCCCGAGUUUUGGAAGAAGAAGAAAAUAAACCAAAUCCUGUAACCCAGAGGGUCAAGAUGAUUAUGUCUCUAGGAUUGGUUCUUGUUCAUGCUCACAGUCGUUGGAUAGCUGAUCCUUCUCCUCAAAACAGUACAGCAGAAAAUUCUAAGGUUUCUUUAGGAUUGGAUGAACAUGUAUCCAAGAGAAUUGAACCAAAUAUCUCCCUCUGGCAAUUUUAUCUCUCUAAAAUGAUCAGCAUGGAUAUUGAACAAGUUAUUACUCUAAGUUUAGCUCUCCUUCUGGCUGUCAAGUACAUCUUCUUUGAACAAGCAGAGACAGAAUCUACACUCUCACUAAAAAAUCCUAUCACGUCUCCUAUAGUGACCCAAAAGAAAGUCCCAGACAAUUGUUGUAGACGUGAACCUACGCUGGUCAGAAAUAACCAGAAAUUCCAUGCAGUGGAGGAGGAGACAGGGCUCAACCGAGAAAGAAAAGUUGAAGUUAUAAAACCCUUAGUGACAGAAACUGACAGCUCAAACAGACCUACGUUUGUGGUUGGUAACUCUUCUGUCCGCAGUACUUCACCAGUACUGGAGACACCAGAACCUGAAAUUGAACUUCCUAAGGAGCCUCGGCCUAAUGAAGAAUGUCUACAGAUACUUGGGAAUGCAAAGAAAGGUGCAAAAUUCCUUAGUGAUGCAGAGGUCAUCCGCUUAGUCAAUGCCAAGCAUAUCCCAGCUUACAAAUUGGAAACUCUGAUGGAAACCCAUGAACGAGGUGUAUCUAUUCGCCGACAGAUAAUUUCCAAAAAGCUUCCAGAGCCUUCUUCUCUCCAGUAUUUACCUUACAGGGACUAUAAUUAUUCCUUGGUGACGGGAGCUUGUUGUGAAAAUGUUAUUGGAUAUAUGCCCAUCCCUGUUGGAGUGGCAGGACCUCUGUGCUUGGAUGGGAAAGAAUUUCAGGUUCCAAUGGCAACAACAGAAGGUUGUCUUGUGGCCAGCACUAAUAGAGGCUGCAGAGCAAUAGGUCUUGGUGGAGGUGCCAGCAGCCGAGUCCUUGCUGAUGGCAUGACUCGUGGCCCAGUGGUACGUCUUCCCCGUGCUUGUGACUCUGCAGAAGUGAAAGCCUGGCUUGACACACUUGAAGGGUUCACAGUGAUGAAGGAGGCAUUUGACAGCACCAGUAGAUUUGCACGUCUACAGAAAAUUCAUUCAAGUCUGGCUGGACGCAACCUUUAUAUUCGUUUCCAGUCCAGGACAGGUGAUGCCAUGGGGAUGAACAUGAUUUCGAAGGGUACAGAGAAAGCACUUUCAAAACUUCACGAGUUUUUCCCUGAAAUGCAGAUUCUAGCAGUUAGUGGAAACUAUUGUACUGACAAGAAACCUGCUGCUAUAAAUUGGAUAGAGGGAAGAGGAAAGUCUGUUGUUUGUGAGGCUGUCAUUCCAGCCAAGGUUGUCAGAGAAGUAUUGAAGACUACGACAGAAGCCAUGAUUGAGGUGAACGUUAAUAAGAAUCUGGUGGGCUCUGCCAUGGCUGGGAGCAUAGGUGGCUACAAUGCGCAUGCUGCCAAUAUCGUAACUGCUAUCUAUAUCGCUUGUGGGCAGGAUGCAGCACAGAAUGUUGGUAGCUCAAACUGUAUUACUUUAAUGGAAGCAAGUGGUCCCACAAAUGAAGAUUUGUAUAUCAGUUGUACCAUGCCAUCUAUAGAAAUAGGAACCGUGGGUGGUGGGACUAACCUGUUACCUCAGCAAGCCUGUUUGCAGAUGUUAGGUGUUCAAGGGGCAAGUAGAGAGAAUCCGGGAGAAAAUGCCCGGCAGCUUGCCAGAAUUGUGUGUGGUACAGUAAUGGCUGGGGAGUUAUCACUGAUGGCAGCACUGGCAGCAGGACAUCUUGUCAGAAGUCACAUGAUUCAUAACAGGUCAAAGAUAAAUUUACAAGACCUCCAAGGAACUUGCACAAAGAAAACAGCUUGAAUAGCUCAACUCUUCCGAACUGACACGUGGGCACUUGGUUCUAAAGGACUAACAUAAAAUCUGUGAAUUAAAAAGCUCAAUGCAGUAUUUGUUGAGGAUGAAUAGGCAUGAUCAGUGAGACAACUGCUUGGUUUUGGGAUCUUUCAGAGAGGUCUGAGGUCCUCCUUCCCGUGACAGCCCUCAGAUCUGAAAACACUUCAGUCUUUACGUGCUUUGUUUCUUGAACGAUCUCAACGUGGAUAUUACUGUGCUUUAAAGCGUCACAGAUGGUAAUCUACAGCUUACUUCUGCAAGAGAACACAAGCUGGGCAAAGUGUCUUGAUGAAACUCAUGAUGUUCAUGGUGAUCAGUGUGAGAUUUUCCCCCUUGGGAUGAAAGUGGAUUUUUAAAUUAUACUGUAGCUGAUGAAACUUCUGAUUUUAUAGUUAAGUUAUUAAGUCUGGAUUAUAGAACUUUAAGAAAUAAGAACUAAGUUUAUUUUUUGUGAAUUAAUAAUUUCAUUUGGUGCUGGUCUAUCUUGAUUUUUGGGGAGUAGCUUUUAAACAUUAUUCUUCAGAAGGGGACCUGCAUUCUUCAAGAGAAGAGUGACUCUUAUUCCCAAACUACAGAAAGUGCUAAGCAAUGCUGAAUAGUACACUAGGCAAGAAAGCAGCUAACUGCACUUACUGUCGCAGGCUGUUCGUUCAGGGAGGUCUCUUGUCCAAAUAUAAAUGUUUGUCUAGAUUGGCUGUACCACAUCUUUUUUAGCAUAAGGCUUGAGGAAAGGCAAGGUUUUGUGCUCUGAAUGUUCAGCAGGGUGACUGUUGAUUGAGUAUAAACACAUCUCUGACCUCUCUCAGAACUCAGAGUAGAAAACCCAAGUUUGAAAGAAAAAAUUCUCUAAGACAACAUAAAUUUCUUAAAAGACAUUUUAUUUAAGUGAAAAAUCUGGAUAGUUUUUGUAAACAGUUGUAUCAAAUCUGUAUAUGUUGUAGUAAAGCUUAUAUAAGGAGUUUAAUGAAAAUGUUCAAGAGCUAAAUACAAAUCAGCCUGGGCGCUGAUAAAAUACUCAGUUUGGGCUGGAGAAGCUGGUGUUCUUUCCUGUUGGCCAGAAAACCCGGGCUGGCUUGUCAAGCCUAAUGAAAGGGAAAGUCUGCCGAGAGCGCCAGUGGAAAAGCCACGUGAAUGGCCCUGGAGGAGCAUGUGCCGUUCCUGUGGCCAGGAGGUUGGUGACUGAAACAUUCACACUGAGCUCCUAGACGGACCCAUGAAAACUCUUAGCUUCCUCAGGGGCUCAGCAAAGUUGUGGAAUCUUAAUUUUUUUUUUUUUUAAUGUACAAAUUUUGUAUAAAUAAUAAAGAACUCCUUAUUUUGUAUUACUUCUGAUGUUUUAAGUGUUGGUUUUGGAAAGCUUUGUCCCAUUAGGAGAGAUGGAUUCUGUGAAACGUUCCGGUAAUGCUCUUGGCAGCAUGGAGCCCCCAAGUGACUCUGUCUGCAGUAUUAUUUUGGAAGAUUUAACUUUUCUGUUCAAUGUCCAGUUUAAAUUGGUUCUGUUGUGACUUUUCAGCCAGUGGCUUUUUAUUUAUCUCAACUUUUCACAGAAGUGGCAGUGAGAAAAGUAUGCUGAGUGUUUGUUUUGUUGACUAACCAAUACCAUCUUGCUAAAUUAAUGUUUUGUAUGAUUACUAAAUUGUAUACAUUUUGUUAUAGAAUACAUUUUCCAGUUCCAGUAAAUUAUGAGAAGGAAGUUAA